AUGGAAUCACAUAGUAAAACUGCUGCCUGUAAAUGCAAUCCUUGCAACUGUAAUCCUUGUAAAUGUGGAACAACCGCAAAAUGCAAUUGCAAUAAUUGUCAAUGUAACCCCUGUAAAUGUGGUACGACUGCGGCUUGUAAAUGUAAUCCAUGUGGAUGCAAUCCUUGCAAAUGUGGAACCACAGCCUAAUGUAACUGUACAAACUGUUAAUGUAAUCCUUGCAGAUGUGGAACAACAGCUUAAUGCAAAUGUAAUCCAUGUGGAUGCAAUCCUUGCAAAUGUGGAACCACAGCCUAAUGUAACUGUACAAACUGUUAAUGUAAUCCUUGCAGAUGUGGAACAACAGCUUAAUGCAAAUGUAAUCCAUGUGGAUGCAAUCCUUGCAAAUGUGGAACCACAGCCUAAUGUAACUGUACAAAUUGUUAAUGUAAUCCAUGCAAAUGUGGAACUACUGAUAAUUGUAAAUGUGGUAAUGGAUGUUAAUGUAAUCCAUGUAAAUGUUGA